UUUAAUCUUUCUAAUCAUCUUUUACCAUAAACUAUUAUCUCUCUUUACUUGCGUUUAUAUGUUGACAUUUCUGAUUAAUAAAUGAUCUAAGUAAAUGCAUUUAUGUGUUUGUAAUUCUGGAUUAUUUUGUGGAAGCCCAAUCCUUAAUGAACAGUUUUGUCUACGACGUUGUCAUCUAUGUUAUAUAUUAUAGAUUCAAAACGAUAAAUAAAUUGAUGGGGCAGUUGAACGAAUCACUAUCCGAUCCGUCAUGGAACGCACUAAAGAUUAGACGCAUCAGAGAAUUGCAUACUGGUAUUUGUCACGUGGUCAAUAUGCUAAAUGAUAUUCACGGCCUUUAUCUCCUCUUUUAUUCAACGAAUUGCUUUGUCAUGGCUGCGACUACAUUAUUCAUAAUCUACAUAGACGUUUUGGAGAAAGACACGUAUAUAUUGAUAAAAAAUAUCUUUUGGAUAAUGCAAAUUGCACCAUUUGAUUUGAUGUGCUCGAUAUGCACACUCGCGCGUCAAGAAUCCGACAAAAUCGGACAAUCUAUGUAUGAAAUUCUAAAUAAUCGCAAAUUGGUGAAUCUUGGUAAGAUAAACAAAACGAGAAGUCCAUCAAGUUUAGAUAUGUAUCCGCCAUUUGAAAACUCGGACAGCGAGCAAAAUUCUAUCAGUGGUCACAAUCGGAAUUACGGAGUCUUGGGAAAUAUCUCGCGCAGAAAUUUAGACCGUGAGUGUGUCAGAAAAGAGAUGAAUGAUUUUUCCAUUCAAUUGCAACUGUAUCGAGUGGCAUUUACGGCUUGCGAUUACUUUGAAAUAAACAAUGCUCUCUUCAGUGGUUUUGUCGGGACGAUCAUAACAUAUUUAAUAAUUUUUAUUCAAUUCUAUCAACGACCCAAAAAUCUAGGCAGGAACGUUGAAGACCGUUUAGUGAAAAAUAAUUAAUUAAUAAUUAAUUAAUAAGAGUAAGAGUUAUCUAACAAACAAUACAGAAGAAUAUUGUAUACAAAAUUUUAUGUAAGGAUUGUGAUCCAUUUUGUAUUGGACAGAUCGUAUCGUCGAUUACUUAAAACUAGAAUUUCUGAACAUAAAAACGACAUCCGAAAACAAACAAGCAAUCACUGGAUAAUUUCCGAGCAUAGUAUGCAUUGCAACCAUGACUCUUAUUGAGAUAAUGUUCAGAUUAAUUUUAUGUAAUGAAAUAAUACAACAUAUUCAUAAUUAUUUAUAAAUAAAAUAGAUUUUACUUUCUCAAUUUUUUUAGCUGACUUACACUAUUGAACAUUAAAAAAAGGAGUCUAAAAAUGGUCAAAAUUGUGCUAAGACGGAUAUCUUUAAAAUAUAUUCAGUUAUCACGUUGAGAGAGACCAUUGAUUAAAAAAGUUUAUUUACUUAAAAAAUUUGUUGUAUGAUACGAGCCAAUUAAGAAAAUUGAGAAUUAAUAACUAUACUCAAUAUACAAUGCAUAUAAUUAAAUUAUAUUACAAGCGACAAAAAAUUAAAACACAGCUGAUCGAAAUUUGAAUCUACAAUCCAUUUUUCUUAUACUAACAAUAAUGUAACUAUUACUUCAUAAAAUUAGACUACUUUCGUAAUUUGAUCAAUAUCUAAUUUACCUAAUGAUCUUAAACAUCCUAUGACAUAUGUGUUUUAUAAUUAUACAUAUGAAAUGUAUAUAAGGUACUUGAACCGAAUAAGGCCCAGUACUAAUAAGGGCUAUUUUUAAAUUGAUCAUUUAAAAACGUGCUUUAUGUAUGAAAUAUAUGCUUAAAAGAUGUGUCAUAGGAAGUAGAUAAAGAGGGACUAGGAAAUUAAUACCGGUAACAACACGUUUAUUCAGUGCAACAAAAGCUUAUAACAAAGUAGACAAAUCAAUUGUUUCUAUAAAAAUUUGUUAUAAAUUUUAGAAGCAAACAUUAUUUUAUAAUUUAUUACAACGUAUUAU